UAUUUGACAACCAUAGUCAAGUUUUUUUUUUAAUAUUUUUUGUUCAACUUGUUGUUGAAGCCAUAGCGGAAGUAGGUGACGAUUAGACAGUAAUCGAAACAAACGAGAAAAACAAAGUUUUAACGAUAAUUCACUAUUUAUAAUGGCCGGAUACUCUGAAGACCAGUUGGCUGAGUUCCAGGAGGCGUUCCAGCUGUUCGACUCGCGCGGCGACGGCAAGAUCCACGUGGCGCAGAUCGGCGACGCGCUGCGCGCGCUCGGCCAGAACCCCACCGAGUCCGACGUCAAGAAGUGCACCCUCCACCUGAAGCCUGAUGAGCGCAUCUCCUUUGAGGUCUUCCUGCCCAUCUACCAGGCGAUCAGCAAGGCGCGCAGCGGCGACACCGCGCACGACUUCAUCGAGGGGCUGCGGCACUUCGACAAGGACGGCAACGGCUUCAUCUCCUCCGCCGAGCUGCGCCACCUGCUCUCCACCCUAGGGGAGAAGCUGGCUGAUGACGAGGUGGAGCAGCUGCUGCAGGGGCAGGAGGACUCGCAGGGCAACGUCAACUACGAGAACUUCGUGCACCUCGUCAUGCAGGGCUGAGCGACCCGCCCCACCUUCCCCCACCCUACACAGCGGCGAGGCACAACCCAUGCCUAUACUUUAACAUAUGAUCCAACUACUUAAAGGAAUGCUAUACUCCGUGCAUUAUAAUUUGCGUUAUUUGACACAUUAUGACUGACGAUUAUAGAGAUGUAACUAACCCAAAUCGAUUGUCACAGCAAGCGAUUACGAUUGGAUGGCACCUAGACUGAGGUAUCGAUUUGUGACGUAUAAUGCAUUUUUAUUUGAGAUUUCAAUAAAGCUAGAAUUAUAUGGUUUUCCCGCAAGGUAAAUGCAAUUAAUACACCGACCGAGUAGGUCGCACCCAUCGUCAAAAUCGAAACUAACUGGGGAUCUAUUUUAAAGUUUAUUUAUGUUAUUUCUGUGUCAAAUUUGUUGUCUGUUAGGUGAUAAUAAAUAUAUCCAUAUUUACAGUUGAUUAUCCACCUUUUCCUUAUUUUUGUUAAAAGAAAAAUGAAAAAUUCAUAUCGAUUUACUUAGACGACUACCGAUUCAUAACGGUGGUGUCCGGCCAACCCUAAAUAAAAAAAAAAUGACGUAGAACGUAAACGUUCGCAGUCAUCGCAGUGCAAUUGUCUUCCUUUGUGAUUUCGAUGUGCAAGACAUUUUACGUUGUAUUGCUGUUGUGAGUGACAUGUGUCAAAUAACGCAAAUUAGAACGCACAAAGUAUAACUCAUUUAAAGACUAGAUUGAACACAGUUGUUUAUACUAUUAUACUUGUUUUCUUCAUAUUAGAAAGCUCCUCAGUCAGAAGUUUCAAAUCUGGCAUGUCGGGGUUCUGUCAUAGAAAAUUAAAAAGAAAACAAAGUACCAAAGAAAACUAGAACACAACUAGUGAGCGUCUUCAGACGCCAGGUAUAUCUAGGACUGACGGCUUUGGUAACGAUUGUCCAAAUUUCGUAUACAAUAUGCAUAUCAAUAUAAUGUGCAAAGCUAAAGAUUGAAACUUUGGCCAUAUGCUUUAAAUAUUUAAAUAUUACUACAAUGCACAUUCCUAACAUUGUUUUGAAAACAUGUGCAUUUAAAGAUACAUUUAUAAAGGGUUAAGAAUAAAGGAAAGCACCCUCUCUCGACAGCAUUUCAAGAAAAACAUAAAUUAAAAUCGAUAAUAGCUUAGAAGCCUCGCCGCUGCACCGUAGCCUAUAGACUUCAAGAUAACAUGUAAUUCCCGUGCGUUUAUUCCAAAAUAAUAUUAUUAUCAUUAUUGUAGUUAUGUUAAGAGAUUUUAUACGGUUAUUGUAUGUACAAAUGUGAUUUUAACAAAGUGUAUCUAUUAUAAGUAUGUACUUACU